AUGAAAGUUGGUAUCAGCCUUCGUCUCCAAGAGGCUUGGAAGUCCUACUUCGAGAGCAAGCCUAACGUGCAAGCUCGCGUCCAAAAAAUAAAUGCAGGCACCAAAGACAUCGACCAGGACUCGGAGGAUAAUGCCCACUCCAACUCGACCUCCACAGCUGUGCUUAGAUCACCAGAAGUACCCACCCUGGGCUACCGCGAUGAAUGCAUCACCGUCAGAGCCACCAAGGACAAGAAGGGCAAUUGGCACUUGAUGAAAGAAAAUGAGCAAUUCGAUCCCAAAGCCGACCUGUCGAAGACACGCAGAGCGACUUCGAUCUUGGAUCCAUAUUGUAUGGUCGUCACCCGCCGCUUCAAUCCUCAAGGCGAGCUGGUUGAUACCAUCCUGGAGAUCCAAGCGGCCGGCCUCGUCCGUCUAAUCCGAGACUUGGUGUCUUACUACCCUGAUGACUCUUUCCGCGUUGGCGACACUAUCAAGUUCGAUGAUCCACCCAAGCUGUUAUACUACUACCGCAAAGAGCUUGCAGAGUGCAAGUCACGCCUCGACGUGCCGGACCUGACUAAGACGCAUAUUAGCUUCGCUCUCAACUUCUUGCAUGCCCAUUUGGGUGCACGCAUGCGGCAAUCUGACGAGUUCCUGGCCGCAGGCAUGAUCCGAUUCACAGACUUGUGGAUGCUGUUCAAGCCCGGCUGUCUGAUGUACCACCGCGACACGGAGCAACUGCUCUCCCUCCGCAAAGGUCAGAUCGCAGAAUCCCGCUGCGGACCUGUCUUCGCGCUCACGUGUCACGGUGUUGACUACGACGGCGAGAAGAUCGGCAAGGUGGAGAGCACGCUGCAGAUCACAGCGUUUGAGAACCCACGAAUGCUCUCCUCGCUCUCUGUUCUGCCGCUCGACCACUGUGAUGAUCCGGAAGCCAUCAAAGCCAAGGUGCUCACCCGAGCGAAACGGUUUUUGGAACUCCGCGGCAUCCACAACUUGCAGCACAAGACGAAGGGCAGGGUCAUGAUCGACGCCAGCACCUUCCUGCGCCACGUAGUGCCCAGAGACGAAGACAGAGUCGACUCGCAGAAGAAGGGCAUCUCCAUCCUCGAAGAGUGCAAAUGCUGCUGCCCCGUCUGCAGGAAAGCGGUCGACGAGCAACCGGAAGACUACGACCACGAGCUUCGAGAAAUCUCAAACGAUGAGAUGCUGCUCUGCUCCUCCACAGUUCUCGGCUUCCAGCUGUCCCUGCACAAAUGGAUCCAAAUGCGCAUCGACGAUCUCUCACCCAUUGACUGGUCCGAAGAAGCCAUCGACCGUCUGGUAAUGGACAAGCAGCAGAAAAAGGUCCUCUCCAGCCUCAUCAGCUCGCCCGUCUUCACCGAUGCCGCAGAAGGCGAUGUCAUCGGGUGGAGAGGGCGUGGAAUGGUGAUGCUGUUGCACGGCCAGCCGGGCACGGGCAAGACGCUUACUGCUGAGUCUGUGUGUGAGUCCUUGAAGCGGCCUUUAUACAUCGUCAGCGGUGGCGAGUUAGGAGCGACACGCGAGAAGGUCGAGAAGACCCUGAUAGAUAUUCUCGAGCUGAGCAAGCUGUGGAAAGCUGUCAUACUAAUCGACGAAGCGGACGUCUUUCUCGAGCAGAGGAGCGCGCACGACAUCGUGCGGAAUAACUUCGUCUCUGUGUUCCUCCGCCGCCUCGAAUACUUCUCCGGCAUACUAAUCCUCACCACCAACCGCGUCGCCCAAUUUGACGAAGCGUUCAUCUCCCGCAUCCACCUCGCGAUCAACUACCCCGACCUCGAGCCGUGGAUGCGCAAAGCCAUCUGGACCAAUGCUUUACGCCGCCUCGACGGUAGAACGGACUGGGGCGACGAGUUGGAGGAGAUUGCGAAGGUGCCGCUGAAUGGUAGGGUGAUUGCGUAUUCGGUGCGGACGGCCAAGGCGAUUGCGGAUGCGGAGGGGGAGGAGUUGGGGGUGGGGCAUUUGAAGGAUGUGGUUGCGGUGCAGCGGAGGUUUGGGGAGGAGGUUCGGAAGGGGAGCAAGGAGAUGGGCUGA